ACUUUGACAAAAUAUUUUCAUAAUAACAAUUCUUCGGAGUCCAAAAAAAGGUGACAUCAAUUGCCUAGUGACAAUUGACUGGUCUUCUCUUGCACCAGAGCGGACGUUGUACCUCAUUUCUCAUUUUCAAGGGCUUGGGCUCUAUAUUUGACAAAGCAUGGGAAAGAAGAGCAAGAAGUCCGCAGAGCACAAAGAGCGUGUAGCGGCCAAACAGUCCAAGAAGGCUGCUCAGAAAGACAAGAAAACCAAAACCAAGGGUCGAGACGCGGACAGUGAUGCUGAAGAUGCUGACUUGGAUGCUAUCUUAGCCCAAUAUGCUGAGGAACAAGCCAAGUUUCUCAAGGUCACUGAGGUCGUUGGAGAGCCACCAUCUCCUCGAUCCUCUGCAACGGUGCUUGCAUCUCCUUCAAACAGGAAUGAGGUACUGAUUUUUGGUGGCGAGUAUUUCGAUGGCACACUGGCUACCUUCUUCAACAAUCUGUUUGUGUAUCUCAUUGAUCGAGGGGAAUGGAGGGAGGUCACGAGCCCUAACAGUCCACUCCCUCGAAGUGGACAUGCCUGGUGUCGUGGAGGAAAUACAGGAGGCAUUUAUUUAUUUGGAGGUGAAUUCUCGUCCCCGAAGCAAGGCACAUUUUACCACUACAACGAUUUUUGGCACCUUGAUCCCUCGACAAGAGAGUGGUCACGCCUUGAGACGAAAGGGAAAGGGCCUCCGGCUAGAAGUGGCCACAGAAUGACUUAUUUCAAGAACUAUAUUAUCCUGUUCGGUGGGUUCCAGGACACUUCACAGCAGACGAAAUAUCUUCAGGAUUUGUGGAUCUAUGACUGUUCCAAAUACGCAUGGUUCAACCCUGUUCUUUCAACAGCUUCGCAGAAACCGGAUCCCCGUUCGUCUUUCUCCCUUCUCCCUCAUGAAUCUGGGGCCGUUCUAUAUGGAGGUUACUCGCGGGUUAAAGCUUCUACCGGAGUCGGAGGUAAGCCAGGUAAAGGCGGGCCUCAGCGGAUGACCAUGAAGCCCAUGGUUCACCAGGAUACCUGGUUUCUUCGAAUUACGCCACCUGCAGCCGAUGCUCCCGCAUCGGCGCCUCCUACCAUUCGUUGGGAGCGGAGAAAGAAGCCUGCAAACUCCCCUAAUCCUCCUCGAGCCGGGGCCACCAUGGCAUAUCACAAGGGCCGAGGCAUCAUGUUUGGUGGUGUUCAUGACGUUGAAUUGAGCGAGGAGGGAAUUGAUAGUGAAUUUUUCGACACUUUAUUCGCGUGGAACACCGAUAGAAACCGUUUCUUUCCUCUGACCCUGCGUCGACCCAAGGCGGCGGGUAAAAAGCAACAGGCAAACCAGGGCAAGUCGCGAGACCGGACGAAAGCCGACGAAGAAGAGCUUUUGCAGAAUCUAAAAGCCCUAGAGGCGAAAGGAGGACUGCGCAACCUCGAUGACGGUGACGAUGAUGAGUUCAUGCAGAAUGCGCCUAAAACGAACGAAGAGCCUGAGCAGCCGGAAAAGCCCGCUGUUGUUCGCUUUGAAAUGCCUCAUAUGCGCUUCAAUGCUCAAUUAGCUGUACAGGAAGAUACCCUUUUCAUCUACGGCGGUACUUUCGAAAAAGGCGACCGGGAGUUUACCUUUAACGACAUGUAUUCCAUUGAUCUCGUGAAGAUGAAUGGGGUCAAAGAAGUCUUCUCCAAGGAGCCCGAUAACUGGCAUCUUCUUAAUGAAGCAGACAGCGACGAUGAAAUGGAAGAGGAUGAAGAGGAAGGAGAUGAAGAUGACGAGGAGGAUGAGGAGGAUGCUAUGUCAUUGGAUACUGCCUCCCCGGCUCCCACUGAAAUAACGGUACCUUCUGUAACCCUAGAGAUGGAGCAGCUCGAUGUAGAGGAACAAGGAGCAGAGUCUUCCGUCCAGGAUAGCAGACCACUGCCCCGUCCCUUCGAAAGCUUGCGUGAAUUCUUCAGCCGUACAUCUGAAGAAUGGCAGAAGAUUUUAAUCGACACUAUGAAGGAGAAGGGAAUGGGUGCAGAGAAGAAUGUUAAAGAGCUGCGCAAGGAUGCCUUUGAGAUGGCGGAAGAGAAAUGGUGGGAUAGCAGAGAAGAGAUUACGGCAUUGGAAGAUGAACAGGAGGCAGCCGGCAUCGGUGAGGUGGUUAGUAUCGCUGACCGUGAAAACGCUGGCGGUGCUGGACGACGAAGGUGAUUUUGUUAUUUCUGUAGACAUUUUAAAAUUCGGUACAUUCAAUAUGUAUGGGGGGUUGGAAAGAAAAAAAAGCAACAAUAUAAUUC